UGUACACAAACGAUUUAAUGCACUGCUAAACAAAAAUUUGCCAUGGCCGAUGAUGAAGAUAAACCAAAAAAGCACACCCUAGACUCACUGUUCCUGGUUUAUUGCAACUUCCAGGUUAUACCCACGGACAUCGAAAACGAGGUGUUCGACAGCAUACUCCUCUCUCAACUGGAUGCCUGGCUGGAGCAAGCUAAGCUUAUGCCGAAUCCUAUCACCCGAACCCAAACUGGUCUCAUCUAUAUGCGAUACAAAAAAUGGCGCUUGGAAUAUGAAGACUUUCUGGAGGUUCUAAACAGCUUGGCCUCUGAUAACGACUUACCAAUAGAUGAAAUGAAGCAGGUGAUGAUCGAUGCUGGAGUCCCAAGCGGUGCCGAUAUGGUCGUAGUCGUCAAAUAGAUGGUCUAGUGCAUCACUGUGGUUCA